GAGCAGCACGCGAGCGCGAGCACCUCCGUCCCCGAGAGCAGCUCGAAAAGCCCCAAAAAAAGCAGAGGAGCGAAAGAGCAGCGACUUUGUAGAGAUUGUCUCUGAAUGUGUGUGUGCAGCAGCAGCGGCGGCAGCAGCACGAUUGCGCACCCUGGCCCGGGCAUGUGCCGGUGAAGCGGGGGCAGCCGUCGCCGCCGCCUCCGCCUCCGAGCCGCAGCAUUCGCUCGGCUCGCACGGGGCGCGCACCACUCGGCUACGACGGAGGCCAAACGCGCGACCACCGCCUCCAGCUCGGGCCACCAUGUAAAAAUCAGCGACGAGCCACCCUUGAGGAGAGGCUACCCCGCCGAGGGCUCGUUCUCCGUGCUGCCACCGCCGCAGGUGGCGCCGCAGCACCAGCCGCAGGGAAGACUCAUCGUCCGCGGGCACAACCAGAGGCAGCAGGUCGGUGACUCGGGGGCGUCGUCUCCCUUGCUGCCCCGCUCCUCCACCCCCACCCCCAGCGUCCUCAGCGCCGGCAGCAGCCACGAGGUGCUCAGGGUCCGCUGCCGCAUCCUCCCCUCGGUCGGCGAGGUCCGGCCCUCCAGACCCAACACCCCCGCGCUCCCGCCGCCUCCGCCGUCGCCCCCGCUCCAGCAGCAGCAGCAGCAGCCAGCGCUUACAGGAACCCUCGAGCCGCCGGCCACAGUUGGCACCUCUUCGUCGACCGCGCCGAGCAACGCCACGAUGCAGCACUAUCCGUACCUGCAGGAGAUGAAGGAGCGGCUGCUCCUUAAUCCAGGCGACGCAGACCCCAACGACCCCGAUAUCAUGGACAAGCCGGAACAGGUGAUGGAUACGGUCAUCAAGUGCAACCCCGACGGAUUCGGACAGCACACUUCGCCCACCCGCGCCGUUCUCUACCGCACCGGAAGGACCGACGACGGACCAAUGCUGCCCAAAAACGCAAAGACGUCGCUGUUCAUCGUCAUGAGUUUCAUCUACGCCAAACUGCUGGUGGUGGUGUGCAUCGCCUUCCAGAUCUCAGAAGUGGUCACCCACAAUGUGCCGCUGCACUACUACGAGGCAUUCUUCACGUACCUGUACAGCGCGAGUAUCCUGUACCUUCUGUACGUGUUCUGCUACCUUCUCACGGGUAACGGACGUCCCGAGAGGCGACCACCUCCCAAGAAGAAGAAGGAAAAGAAGGAGAAGAAGAAGGACAAGGUAGUCGAGGAUGCCUCCUCCCCUUCGCAGGCCCAGAAGAAUAAGGGUGCCCUGUUCCAGCAAGAAAGCUACCCCCGCAAGAAGAAACACCAAAUGCGGCAGCAGGCAGGGUCGUCCGCCUCGCCGCCCCCGGCAGCGACCGGGGGCGCGAGGAGCCCUGACGGCAGGGGCCAGUUCGGCAAGGAGGGCAAGGAAGGCGUCGACUCGGGUAAUGAGACCGGCGGGGCCACCAGCCCCCUGCAGGAAAAGGGAAGCAGCCACGACCUGCUCGAGAAGCCGCGCAAGAGGAAGACCUCUGAGAGCGACAAUGGACACGGCUCCUUCUUCCUGCGCGUUGGUGCCAUCGCUUUCGGCCUGGGCACCAUGAUCUACAACGGCCUCGAGUUCGGCUCCUGGUUUGAGAUUCCGGUGCACUCGGACUGCUACUCGGUGCUGAGGGGCGCCAACCCGGUUCUCCAGAUGAUCUUCACUUUCAUGCAAAUGUACUUCAUCUUCAUGAACUCGAGACUCAACAUCCACCGCUUCAAGGUGAUUUCCCGUUUCGGCCUGAUGCACAUCGUGGCCACCAACAUCUGCGUGUGGAUCCGCACGCUGGUGCUCGAGUCGCUGAAGGAGGUGUCCGCCUGGAGGUCACGCAACGGCGAGGGCGGCGUCUCUGAGGACUUCAUGAUCCUCGAGGGACAGCGACUGAUGGCUAAGCGCCGCGGCGAGACGCCCGAGUACAUCGGCCACAUCAAGAACUUCUUCAACGACCUGUACAUGACUGCGGCCAAGCAGUUUGACCCUGAGGAGGGCUCGACAGCCUCCACCGAGGAGAGCACAAUCAUCCCCUCCACCACCACGCAGUUCAGCUUCCUCGAGACUGAGGGAUUAAUGUCGAUCGACAGAAACGCCUCCGACUACAUCCAACCGUCAAACUACACGUGCGGCCGCAUCAACAUCAUGGGCACCAUUGUGCAAGACUCGGCCCCCUACCUGUACCCCUUCAUCAUCGAGUACAGCUUGAUCGGCGCUGCAGUUAUCUACGUCAUGUGGUCUCGCAUUGGACGCCAUCCAAGAUACUUGUCCGACGAAGAAGAAGGAUUGAUGGCCCCAGUGGCCAUGGUGCCCGUGCGGAGGAUCGAAAACGGUCGCGUCGACUGCGUUGGAGCGAGCAAGGGCCUGUUCUUCGGCCUGCUUCUCCUGGUCGGCUCGCUUAUCUGUUUGAUCCUCUUCUUUGUACUCGUGCAGCACAAAGAUUUGGGACUGCUCGCCAUCUAUCUGGCUGAUGUGUCACAUUGUGUGGUCCUCUCUUUGGCGUUGCUGGCCAUUUUCAUAGGCUUCUGCCGAAUUCGAAGCUUGAAAUUCCACACCGAUGUGACCAACAUCCUGAACGACAUACUGCUGCGUGUUUCUGCUUUCGGUCUGUUCAUCUACGCGGUGUUCUCGGUGAUUGCUGGCUCAUUGUCUGCAUUCACGCACGAGCCCAACCUCCUAGUCAUGGUCACUGGCAUUCUGGUCGUGAUUGAGGUCGUUUUCCAACUGCUCUUCAUCGCCGACGUUUCAAGGCGCCGUGUACAUCUGCCUGAGCAUGAAAGGACCAAGCCAGGCCGCCAGGUGGUCACCUUCUUGCUUAUUUGCAACAUCACCAUGUGGGUUAUUUACACGUUUGAAGUGCAGAAGGUCAGCAACAAUCCCGUGCAGCUCGAUUUCUACGGCUUCCUCGCCUGGGCUAUCGUGCAGCGCGUGACUCUGCCUUUGUGCAUCUUCCACCGCUUCCACUCGGCCGUCGCUUUCGCCGAGAUCUGGAAGACGAGCUACAAGCCGCGGUUAGAGUGA